GCUUAACCACUCGCGGCGCGCCGAAAAGUUUCAGUCGAACGUCGAAUCCGAACUGGGAAGGUCCAACUGUGACAGCAGCAGCUAUCUCGUCUCUUUGUCGGGUGGUACAGUACAGCUCUGCUCCCCCGCCGCCCGCCCGCCCCCUCGGCGCUGGUGUGUGCCCGCUGCUCUGCUUACACAAUAACUGUGCAUCGAUUGAGUCCAGCUCCAGCGAGAAGAGAAGCAGCCCAGGACUAACUCUCGUUCGACAUAAGAAUAAAAGGAUAUUACGUUAGCGAACAGCAGUCGUGUGUGAUCAGUAUUUGUUGUAUUUGUCUCGUUCCAACGCGAAUCGGUUCUAGUGCUGAAAACAAGUUCAAUACUGCUAACGGGGUAGUUUUCUGCGAAAGCCCCCAAAACACAAUACGCAACGCCAAGCGCAAAAAUUGUGUAAUAGCACCCAAACGUGUAAAAGUUGUAUCAAGUUUUUAUUUUGUACUUUGUUAAUCGUGUUUUAUUUACCCCAACCGUUGUCGUGCCUUACAUUAUUGGUUGUUGAUCGUUUUACCUGUCUGGCCUCUAAUAAGUUUUAACAAGAAUCCGCAUAAUGAGUGGUCAGAUUGUUUAGCACUUGAGAGGGAAUCUUAGAACGAGGGAAACCAGCGACGCAAGAUUAAAGAUACGAAAGCAGAUCGAUAGUCGUUUGAAUACUUGCUACAUCAAGACGCAAGAUGCCGGCCAAAGUUAAUAAAAAGGAGAAUUUAGAUGAUCUCAAACAGGAGUUGGAUAUCGAUUUUCAUAAAAUCUCUCCUGAGGAAUUGUAUCAGCGCUUUCAGACACAUCCCGAAAAUGGUCUAAGUCACGCCAAGGCCAAGGAAAACUUGGAGCGCGAUGGUCCCAAUGCGCUGACGCCACCCAAGCAGACGCCCGAAUGGGUUAAGUUCUGUAAGAACCUGUUCGGUGGUUUCGCCAUGUUGCUGUGGAUCGGUGCUAUUCUCUGCUUUGUGGCCUAUUCUAUCCAGGCCAGCACCAGCGAGGAGCCGGCCGACGAUAAUUUGUAUCUGGGUAUUGUACUUUCCGCUGUCGUCAUCGUGACGGGCAUUUUCUCAUACUAUCAGGAAUCGAAAAGUUCUAAGAUCAUGGAAUCGUUCAAGAACAUGGUACCCCAGUUCGCCACCGUCAUCCGCGAGGGCGAGAAACUCACGCUGCGCGCUGAGGAUCUCGUUCUGGGCGAUGUCGUUGAGGUGAAGUUCGGCGACCGUAUCCCCGCUGACAUCCGCAUCAUCGAGGCGCGCAACUUCAAGGUGGACAACUCCUCGUUGACCGGCGAGUCGGAGCCGCAGUCCCGCGGUGCCGAGUUCACCCAUGAGAAUCCUCUGGAGACCAAGAAUCUGGCCUUCUUCUCCACCAACGCCGUCGAGGGCACUGCCAAGGGUGUGGUCAUCAGCUGUGGCGAUCACACCGUCAUGGGCCGCAUUGCUGGUCUCGCCUCCGGUCUAGACACCGGCGAGACGCCCAUUGCCAAGGAGAUUCACCAUUUCAUCCACCUUAUUACCGGCGUGGCCGUGUUCCUGGGCGUCACCUUCUUCGUGAUUGCCUUCAUUCUGGGCUACCACUGGCUGGACGCUGUCAUCUUUUUGAUCGGAAUCAUCGUCGCCAACGUGCCCGAGGGUCUACUGGCCACCGUCACUGUGUGCCUGACCCUUACCGCCAAGCGUAUGGCCUCCAAGAACUGUCUGGUGAAGAAUUUGGAGGCCGUGGAGACCCUAGGCUCCACAUCGACCAUCUGCUCCGAUAAGACCGGCACCCUCACCCAGAACCGAAUGACGGUCGCUCACAUGUGGUUCGAUAAUCAGAUCAUCGAGGCCGACACAACUGAGGAUCAGUCGGGUGUUCAAUACGAUAGAACCAGCCCUGGAUUCAAGGCGCUCUCUCGCAUUGCCACUCUCUGUAACCGUGCCGAGUUCAAGGGAGGCCAAGAUGGUGUCCCCAUCCUCAAGAAAGAAGUCAGUGGAGAUGCCUCCGAGGCUGCUCUGCUCAAGUGCAUGGAACUGGCUCUGGGCGAUGUGAUGAACAUUCGCAAGCGUAAUAAGAAGACUGCCGAGGUGCCCUUCAACUCCACAAACAAAUACCAAGUGUCCAUUCACGAAACCGAGGACUCAAACGAUCCGCGCUACUUGCUCGUAAUGAAGGGAGCUCCCGAGCGUAUCUUGGAGCGCUGCUCUACCAUUUUCAUCAACGGCAAGGAGAAGGUUCUGGACGAGGAGAUGAAGGAGGCGUUCAACAAUGCCUACAUGGAACUCGGUGGACUGGGUGAGCGCGUGCUUGGUUUCUGUGACUUUAUGCUGCCAUCCGACAAGUAUCCCAACGGCUUUAAGUUCAACACCGACGACAUCAACUUCCCCAUCGAUAAUCUGCGUUUCGUCGGCCUUAUGUCCAUGAUUGAUCCCCCACGUGCUGCCGUGCCCGAUGCCGUUGCCAAGUGCCGCUCGGCCGGUAUCAAGGUCAUCAUGGUCACCGGCGAUCACCCGAUCACUGCCAAGGCCAUCGCCAAGUCUGUCGGUAUUAUAUCCGAGGGCAACGAGACCGUCGAGGACAUUGCCCAGCGCCUGAACAUCCCCAUCUCUGAAGUGAAUCCCCGUGAGGCCAAGGCAGCCGUCGUCCACGGCGCUGAGCUCCGUGAUGUGUCCAGCGACCAGCUGGAUGAGAUCCUCCGCUACCACACCGAGAUCGUCUUCGCCCGUACCUCGCCCCAGCAGAAACUGAUCAUUGUCGAGGGUUGCCAGCGCAUGGGAGCUAUUGUGGCCGUGACUGGUGAUGGUGUCAACGAUUCUCCCGCUCUGAAGAAGGCUGAUAUCGGUGUUGCCAUGGGUAUCGCCGGUUCCGAUGUUUCCAAGCAGGCUGCUGACAUGAUUCUGCUGGACGACAACUUUGCCUCCAUUGUGACUGGUGUAGAGGAAGGUCGCCUGAUUUUCGAUAACCUGAAGAAGUCCAUCGCCUACACCCUGACCUCCAACAUUCCCGAAAUCUCGCCCUUCCUGGCCUUCAUCCUCUGCGACAUACCACUGCCACUGGGAACCGUGACGAUUCUGUGCAUCGAUCUGGGCACUGACAUGGUGCCAGCCAUUUCAUUGGCCUACGAACAUGCCGAAGCCGAUAUUAUGAAGCGUCCGCCACGUGACCCCUUCAACGAUAAAUUAGUGAACUCAAGGUUGAUUUCGAUGGCCUACGGACAGAUCGGCAUGAUCCAGGCCGCCGCCGGCUUCUUUGUAUACUUCGUCAUCAUGGCUGAGAACGGCUUCUUGCCCAAGAAACUGUUCGGCAUUCGUAAGAUGUGGGACUCAAAGGCUGUCAACGAUCUUACUGACUCCUACGGUCAAGAAUGGACCUACCGCGACCGCAAGACCUUGGAGUACACCUGCCACACGGCCUUCUUCAUCUCGAUCGUGGUUGUGCAAUGGGCCGAUCUGAUCAUCUGCAAGACGCGACGUAACUCGAUCUUCCAGCAGGGCAUGCGCAACUGGGCUUUGAACUUUGGCCUCGUCUUUGAAACCGUGCUGGCCGCGUUCCUCUCGUACUGCCCGGGCAUGGAGAAGGGUCUGCGCAUGUACCCCCUGAAACUCGUCUGGUGGUUCCCGGCUAUUCCAUUUGCGCUGGCCAUCUUCAUCUAUGACGAGACCCGUCGCUUCUACUUGCGUCGCAACCCCGGAGGCUGGUUGGAGCAGGAGACCUACUAUUAAACACCCACACUGCUACACUCCCACACACACAGCCACAUGCCCACACACGAAAACACACCACAACAAGAGCAACCAGGAACACCCACAAACAACACCUACAAACCAUGGAGAGCAACAAAUAGGAAUGUUUAUGAACCACAAAACCCACGAAACCCACAAAAGCAACACAACCACAGUAAUAGCAACAGCAGCAGCAACGGCAACAACAACAGCAACAGCUACGGCUACAACAAGCUACAGCAAGAACAUAUUACAAUAUAUUUUAUUUUUUUAAUUUAAUUAUUUAAAGUAAACGAGGAUAAACAAAAAUGCAAGCGAUAAUUAUUUUAAACGUUAAGUAAAUUUAAAUUAUAAAUUAAAGCUAAAAAUAAGAUUUAAAUAAAGUAUAAAUGAAAAUAAAACAAACAACAAAAACGAACAACAAUUUCGAUGAAACACCAAUCACAACCAGACAAGAACAACAACAACAAAAUCAACCAGUAACUAAGCAAAACAGUAACAACAUGUUUUUAGUAAAAUUAUUAACGUAACGAGAACUGGAUGAAGCGAUUUUUAUCGUAACAAUAACAAGAUUCCAAAAAGCUAACACACACAUACACACGCACUCACAAACACACACACACACACCGAUACACAACGCAUGACGAGACAAAGUAUAUAAGAAGUUUAGAGAAAUUAUAAAACGAAGUAAAUAAAAAAGUAAAUGAGGAAAGAAAACAAUGAAAACCCCUAGCGUAGUUACCAAGUAAGCCGUGAAAAGUAAAGCCCAAUAAAAACCACAACAACAACAACCAAAACAAAAGAACAGAAAUUAAUUUGCAAAACUGGAAACUUGUGUGUGUAAACGCAGCUUAGCGCAGAAGAACGAAAUAUAUAUAUAAACAGAAGAAAAACCACAAGAAAUGUGAACACGACGAAUAUAAUUGUUUAUAUAUAUACACACAUAUAUUAUAUGGAAAAAUUUGAUUAUAUAAAUGGAGCUAUACAAUACACCAAAAACCAAAAUUGAAACCAUAACGAAAUCGACCGACCGUACUUGGCACUACGCUGAGGUCGGGAAAAAGGUCUCCGAGCGAUGUUUGGAGCACUGCCGGUCUAGAAUUUGUUAAAAUCUAAAGAAAAAACAACUAAAUGUUUAAUAAUAAACCCCUUAAAACAAUUGACAUGCAAUAUUAUGCUUUGUGUGCAUUUAAGCCCAAAAGAAUCGAUGCCGAGAUUCGGUGGGGUUAAGUCCCCCGAUGUCGAUAUCGAGAUUCAGAUACAGAUACCAUUACCGAUACCUAGGCCCAGAAGGAAAAGAUAAAACGAAAUAAAACAAAAAACUAAAUUCAAUACAAAACAAAAAGAAAAAGCGCCCACAAAAUAAAUGUUUGUAAGUUUUACACGGCACAGCGCCCCAAAAUGGGGCAAGCCCAAGGCAGUAUUCUGUUUACCUUUUCUUUUAUUGUUUUUUAUCGCUUUCCCUGCUCACACACGCCCCCAAUACAAAAACAAAAAAAAAAAAA